ACAUUUCAAAUGACCACGCACGUAUACACACGUACUUUUAAAGAGGCUGUUGUCAAUACUUCUAACAAAUAUUAAGGAGAAAUAUGCCUCGACCCAAGAGAUCUAAGAGUCGUGCAGGUAUAAAAGAUGUCAUUCAAACAGGAGUUGAACUAGAAGAAGUGGAGGAUGAGACGAAUGGAAAGGAAGAGGGUAUAAAUGUCGAGCAGAGUCAGGAAAAGGAAAAAGAACAAGACCAGGUCCAAGCUCAAACUACUGAGCACCAGGCAUCGCCUGGUCGGAUAGGUGGGGAGGAAAAUGAACCCAUCCUUCUCCACUCGCAGGGUUCUUUGUCUGGCACCCCAGGGAAGACGAAAAAAAGAACAAAGAAGUCCACCCCUAACAAGAAGUCCACCCCGAAGAUGCGAAAAAGGCACCUAAUCGCAUACACAUUUACCGAUGAACAAGAAGUUGAUUUAGCAGAGUGGUAUAGAGAUAACGACUGUCUGUAUAACAGGCGACUAAAGACAUACAAGGAUACUGCAAAGAAGACAAGGCUAGUAGAAGAAAAGGCAAAGGAGUACAACCCCGUGUGCUCCGUUGAACAGCUGAACAAUUUCCUCAAGUCUAUGAGGACACAGUACAGCCGUCUGACGAACCCAAAGUCUGGAAAGGGGACCAGAGACACACCUUUAAGUGAGAGGGAUCAGUGGAUUCUCAAUACAUUCCGCUUCCUCGAGGGACAUAUUGUGAGGAUGAAAGGGAGAACAUUGGGAAGGACCUCUAAAGGACGAGUAGCAUCCCAACCGAGAGAAGACGAAUACUCUUCCCCCGACCAGGAUACUGAGACUGAUGAGCGUGAUGACAACAGUGAGAAUGACCAGACCGCCCAAGAAGCUGAUGACGCCACCUCAGAGCAUGAAGCUGGCUCUUCGUACAUCAACUUAUCAACUGUUGGCAAGGGCAAGGGCAAAAUGAAGAGGAGGUGUACAACACCCAAGGUUGAUUCCUCUGACGAAGCCAAGGAAAGAGAACUGCUGGAAAAGCUCCUCCAGCGAGCAGAUGAGGUCAGAGAUCUACGAAGGUCUUCUUUCGCCUUGUCAUCUCCCCCCACAAAAUUACCCCCCCAUGAGGAACAGGUCAACGGUUUCGUAGCGUACUUGACCACUCAGCUGCGACAGAUCCCGCAGGAACGGUGGCUUAACUUCACCAUAGACAUCAUGAAGAUGGUGCAAAGCUACAUUUCACCUCCUUCAAUACCUGCUCCACUUGCUCAAACCCCUGUUCAGUCCCAACAUGAAGAGCCCUUCCAUUCUAUGCAUCAGACGUCCCAGGGAGCAUUUUCUUACGGCAGGAUGCCACCAACGCCCUUCUCUCCAUCAACAUUCUCUUCACGCCAACAGAUGACACCACAACGGAUGACAAAUCCACCUGGAAUCUUCCACGAAUACCAUGCACCGUCGCCUGCGUCAUCGUUCAUGCAACAGCAAAAUCCAGGUCCUUCAGGAUUCCAGAGAUCGUCAAGUGGGUUUUUUCAGCAGGACUAUACCAACAACAUCGAAACGCUUCAAGCUCCAUCGAUGUCUCUGAACCAGAUGGGAGUUCAGGACGGUGGGAUGAGAAGCUCACCGGAAAGUGCAGCAUCAGCAGCAGUUCCGCCACCCUCGACAACAAACGCCUAGAGUAGGCUCUUCGGCAUGUGGCGAUAUCUGUUUUUGUCAGUUGUUAAAUUAGUGUUCUAUUUCUAAAAGUUUGGUUUUAAACGUUCAGAUUUUGACUUGCAUGUUUAUUUUUUUGUUCUAAAGUAGUAACAGGGUUGAUUCCUCGGUCCAUGCAAGAUGUUGAGACUCAUAUUGCUACAAAUUUUGACUAUGUUUGAUGGAUAGAAAAAAAAGAUCACCAAUAAUGGAUGAGCCAAUUGUAGUUUUGCAUUACGUGCGUUUAACUUGACUUAAUUGUUCUGUAUUCAAAAUCAUUGGUCUUGAUUUACGAAGUAGAAUGUGGCUAGUACUCCACUGUCAUUUGAGUUUGCCAAUUAAUCCGAUGGUAAGAUGUGGUAGGUCCAGUUCUCCCUGAAACAUUAACAAAGAACAAUGAAUAAUUCAUCAAAAUUCUCUCAAAAGCGUACAAGUGUAGAAUUGAAAACAUUAUAAAAGUAAUUUAAUUGUUUUUUCUCCUAUCAACAACUAUUAACAUGUGAGAAAAGGACCUCUUAUUUCCGAUAAAAAUGAUAAUGUUUCUGUCGUAGUUUCCGAAUGUGUUCGUUUACAGACCUUUUGUGUAGUUGAAAUUUUGACAAUAAAGUGGAUUGCCAU